CUCUGUUCGGGCACGCGCUGGGGGGAGAGUGCAGAAGGAGCCCGAGGUGGAGUCCCGCCUGAAAUAACCCACGCACACCGUCCUUCCCCGGGGAGGGCGCGUGGGUGCGUGGGAGCGUGGGCGUGGGAGCGGGAGGGCAUAAGCUGAAAUUACACAGACCCCCAGGCAGACACCCAGGCAGACACCCAGGCAGACACCCAGGCAGACACCCAGGCAGACCCCCAGGCAGACCCCCAGGCAGAAACCAGGCCAUUGGCUAAAGGGAAAAAUUCCCACCCUUUAAACCACCUCCACUGAACGCACACACAGGGAGCUACAAAUCGUGUACACCAGGAAACCAUUCACCAAUGCUAUGAGAACGUUAAGAGCACCAAGGAUAUUCAAGAGAGGCAUCACCGACUACGUUACCUUUCCUGCCCUGGGAUCUGGCUCGGAGACCAGCGGAAGGAACAAAGGCCAGUUCAAGAUCCACAUGUUGAAGGCACCAUCUCACCUUGGACACUACACGUACCGGAUGAAUAGGAUGUACAACGAAGACCGGUACGCUGUGAGUAUACUGAAGUUGCCCAUCAAGUAUGAGGAGUACGGUAUGUCCAAAGAUGUGAUGCACAACUGUUUUGUCGCCAGUGUUUUUGACGGCCACGGUGGUGAUGACUGUGCCAACUUCCUCCAGCACCACUUACACAGCAGGGUCGAGCUUUGGCAAGGGUCGGAUGAACAGUCGUUCAUGGGCCUGCUGGAGAAGUACUACAAGGAUAUCGGCGGAUACUGGAAAAGAGUGUACAGGAAACGUGCAGAGAUCUUCAAAGACCUGGAGCCGACUUCCAAAGAGAUUGACGAUCUCAGGUUGAGACUGUACCAGACUUACCUACAGGUGGAUUACGACUUUAUGACUGAACAUGACAGAUCAGGAUCGACCUCCACCUCUGUGUUCAUGUAUAACUUGGACGUCUUGGACGAACAGGGGAUGUACUUUUCCCCUGGAACGGUUUCACGGCUACACGUUGCGCAAGUUGGUGACACCAAAUGCAUCCUAUGUGAUCGAAAUGGCCAAUCACAUGCACUGAACUCCAUCCACCAUCCUUCUUCACCCGCUGAAUCGCGUAGAUUGAACAAAUUCACCGCUGGAUUCGCCACUGAUUCCUUUGGUGAGAAUAGGUUUAUGAAUUUUGCCAAUACCAGGGCGUUUGGUGACUUGAUCGCCAAGAGCAAAGGUAUCUCUGCAGAGCCUGAUAUCACCUCGUAUAUCAUUGGUGAUGCCACCGCUAUAGCGCGUGCUGAGCUCGGUCAUGAAACACCAGGAAGCGUUGGUGGUGAUGAGUGCUUCCUUGUGCUUGUUUCCGAUGGUGUCACGGGAUACGCUACGGAUCAAGAGAUCUGUGAUCUGGUUAUGUCGACUCAUAACGAGCACAAUGGAACGCCACAGCGGUGUGCAGAGGAAGUUGUGAAGUACGUUGAUGCCAUCGGUGGUGAUGACAACGCAACGUGUAUCGUUAUCAAGCUGAGCAAUUGGGGCGGGUGGCCUGCGCAGGAUCGUACUAAGAGAUUGAGAGAGGAUAAGCUCAAGGAAGGAAUCAGCAAAAUGGACAUGGAUAGGUAUGGGUGAUUCCACCGAGCAUUUGCUAAGAACAGAGGUUUAGCGCCAUAGAUAUUUAUUACUUGACAAAGACAGAGGAUGUAUAUGCAUAUGUCUCUUUAUAAUAUAUAAGCUACAGUUGAAGUCCACUGUAUGUACAUGUCAUUGGAAAUAUAUCCCACCCUUCUGCUCGAGAAAUGAUAUAUAUAUAUAUAUAUAAGAG